UGAGCAGAGUUUGGCUAUGAAUAUCUAGCCGUAAUCGCAACGCAUUUAUCUUCAUUUCCCUGCCCAGUGGUCAUUUAAGAAAGUAAAACACGUUUUUUUGGUUCCGUCUAGUAAAAGUGGAACCAUCCUUCGCCCGUCGCUCGAAGUGCGUAUUGCGAGCGAAGUGCCCUUUAUCCGCUGCUUCUUCCUCUGCUACCUCUUCCUGGCUGCAGCAGUCGUGCUGGUGUGCCGUUGUCAUAAAGUGUGAGUUUGAAGGGAGGCGGGUCCACAGCAGCGCCAGCAGCAGCAGCAACACAGCAAAAUAACAAGAAGAAUCAACCCGGGACGCGCGUCCGCAGCCACCAUACAAAGCAAAGCGUAAGCACAAACCCCACAGGCCGAGGGUUGCAGCAGUAGCAACAGCAGCAGCAGCAGAAUGCAAACAAUAAAGUGCGUGGUCGUUGGUGAUGGUGCGGUCGGUAAGACCUGCCUGCUCAUUUCCUACACGACCAACAAAUUUCCAUCCGAGUACGUACCGACCGUGUUCGACAACUACGCCGUCACGGUCAUGAUCGGUGGCGAACCCUACACGCUCGGUUUGUUUGACACAGCUGGCCAGGAAGAUUACGAUCGACUACGACCACUGUCGUAUCCACAGACCGAUGUAUUUUUAGUGUGCUUUUCCGUCGUGAGUCCCAGUUCGUUCGAAAACGUUAAAGAAAAGUGGGUACCAGAAAUAACGCACCAUUGCCAGAAAACGCCGUUCCUGCUGGUGGGCACGCAGAUCGAUCUGCGCGACGAAAACAGCACACUGGAGAAGCUGGCUAAGAACAAACAAAAACCCAUCACCCUCGAGCAGGGUGAGAAGCUGGCGAAGGAACUGAAGGCGGUGAAGUAUGUCGAGUGUUCGGCGUUGACCCAGAAAGGGCUGAAGAACGUGUUCGACGAGGCAAUCCUGGCGGCGCUGGAACCCCCAGAGCCGACGAAAAAGAGGAAGUGCCGAUUUUUGUAAAAAAAAACAACAACUACCAACCCAUUACCCGUUUUUGGUGGAGCAACAAAAAUUAUUUAGCACGUGGAAGGGAGAGAGAGAGAGAGGUUAGUUGUGUGGGUCGGCCACACAGUAAAACAAAGCUUCCUCCUCAUCAUUGUCCUCGUCAUAAUCAUUGGAUCCUUUCUAAUUAUGUUCUUCUUAACUUUCGGUUUUAUUCACUUUUGUCCUUUCGCCGUUGCCGCGUGCUGCGCCACGGUCGUCAGGAUUUGGCAAUCAUUUUGAAUUUUUUAGCGACGAUGGAGAAAGAGAACGGCAACGCACCACCACUAACACCUAGCCAAUACGUGCGUGUGUGCGUGUGUGCGUGUCAGUGUGUUUUGCCCUAUUUCGUUUCUUUUACUAUCUUUCCCCUCUGAUAAGCCUGCCGCCCUUGUGUGCCGCGUUUAAUACAGAGGCACCCUGGAAAAAACGGGGAAACAUAAUCGUCUCCGUCGCUGCUGGGUAACUACUUCCCAACAAAUCCCACAAAAAACUAGGGCGAAGUUUUCGUACGCCCCCGCACUCCUAAUCCCUUCCCCCCUCGCCUCGUUACAACAGUAAUUGUUGUAAGCGUAGCAGUGUAAACAAAUAUGCAGAAAACACAACCUCAACAGAAAUGAAAGAUAGAUGCUAACAAACAGGAAGAAGAAGGAACAGAAAUCAGCACAUUAAAAACAAAUCCUUAUAAAACACGAUUUGAUGCGAAGAACAACAAGCUCUCCGGAGCAACACACACACACACAACUAAUGAUAAAUUUUGCUAAUUUAGGUGGAAGAACAACUAGAAUUGAAGGUGGAGCAAAACAGUACAGAAACCUUGUUGUGCUGGGUUUCCUUCCUUUUGUCACUAAAACAAAACAGAACAAAAAACUAAAAAAAAACAAUGCAAAAGCACACACACAUACGGGGGCUGAAACUGUGUGCAGUGUGUAUAACGUGCGGGGCAAGCUUUAGCUAAGUUUGAGAUUGAUAAAAAAAGGCCAACAUUACCUAUACGAUAGGGAGGGAAAGACAAAGAAAGAAAACAGUAAAAAAAUAUAUAUAUACAUAGCAAGCGAAGUAUAAAAAAAGCGCAUUAAAUACUAAGUUUAAAUACUGAACACAAAUACUGACGGUGCAAAGAAACGAGCAAACUAACAAAACUAACUGAAGAGAAUAGUAAAGCAGGAAGAAACAAAGCACUCCCUUCCUUCCUUCCUUCCUCAUCCUCCUCCCCAGUUCCAUAGCUGCUCGGUAAAGUGUUGAGCGCCUGAUCAAGGGGUUUUUUUAGGAAGACUGGACCGGCUUACGCUCAUUCCUGUCCGGCUUUUGGUGCGUGAUGUAUUCCAAACGGGGACUCCGCACCAUGGGGAGAGAGAGCGCAAUAUUAAGAAAACCAUACCACGACAAAAACAAAAACGGUCGAUGCAACCAGAGAUGAGUACGAACACACCGACACUUUCCUCUAAACUUACACAGUUUAUACAGACAGCUUUUUUACAACAUAAUGUUACGAAAGUUAUUAGUGUACCGAUGAAAGGAGAUUCAGCCAAGAAAGGAAGAGAAAUGGGGACAAAGAGAGACCCUUUUGUUGGGUUUGCGCAGCACCAUACCGACAGUAACUUAGUACACGCUCUGUGGUGUGUCCGGUAGAGAUCAGUUGAGCAGUUGUUAAAAGAGCAGAAAAAGGGGUAUGAUGAACCACAGCAAAGUGGGUGUGUUUUUUUUCGGAUCCACUUUCCGCCACUUCAUACCUAACAGGUUCGAUGUUACGAUGCAUUAGCACACAUUAAACGCCUCGGGAUAUGGCUACCCAGUAACGUUUAUGAUUCAAACCAGUAUAACGUCUAUCAUGGUUUAAUCCCGCCCGCGACAGUGUGUGUGUGUGUGUAAGAUAGAGCAGAGGGAAAGCACAGAUUUGAGCUAUGGUGAAUUGAAGUUAGAAUGUUUGCCGUUUUGCAACUUAUCGAUUUAGAGACUAUUUCGUUUCACCCGGCAUGUGUCGGGCGUUAAUUACGUUUAUUUGAAUUUGGUUUGUUUCGUUCGAUUGGAAAGGGUAUUUAUUUAGUCGGUGGCCAACUGCUGUCAGCGGGUGGCAAGUGAAGGAUGGAGAUUAGCUUCGCUCCGGUGUGCUACUGCGUAUAGCAGAGUAAACGCAUUAAAGGGAGUUGCAUACUAAUUAAGGAUAUAAUGGAAGGGAUACAAUCAGAGAAAUAGAUAGAGAGGCACGCACACACACCCUGCGUAGGCCAAAUUUUCUAAGAAGAAAUGCCAACAGGCUAGGCAAUGAAAGUAACUCGUGUGAGUUUGUUUUGAGCAUUGAUUGAGUUGCAGAGGAGCAGUACUGAUCGUGUUUGGGUUCGAAGCAAAAUCAACCAGUUCCGUGUAUGUGUAUUGGUUUAUGUUGUGGGUUGCAUUUUACCCAGGAAGAAAAAUUGGAAUAAAUUGUCAUUGCGCACGACAAACACAAGCGACUGGACAAACGUUUCGUUUAACGUUUGUUAGUUUUUUUUUUGCAUAUCUGCGCAUUAGAAGACGUGCGUAUUUCAACAGUGUAUUGCAAGUUUUCGUUAUUUGUUGUAAACAUCAUCAUCAUCGUCAUCAUCAUUGCGCACAGUUAGAGGGAAUGCGCUGUGGGACGCUCGCGUAUUGUUCCCCGAGUCGUUCAACAACCGGCAAUAAUACCUUUUCGGACGGCAAUCGUUGCGUUCUUUGAUAGAGUAGUAUUUGGGUUUGGUAUUAAACCAUUUGCAAUACCGUUUGACUGCAAGCAACAUGAUUUCACAUGCGUCUCUACCAAUUCUAAUCUGCUAGUACCGGAUCAGGGGCUUCUACACAGUUCUUUCCCUUAUUUAAACCGACAUAAUAAAAAGGAAACGCAAACGCAUUAUGUUAAUAACAAAGCAUGUUUCGAGAAAGAAGGAAUAAUUAUAUUUAACGGAUAAUAAAUAUUAAAAUAAAAAAAAAAAAACAUUUUUAUACAGCUGAA